CCAUUGUGACUCAGCAAAAAGGACCCUGAAAAGCAGCUGCCAGCGGACUCAGCGUUUCCCCUCGUCUGAGAAUAUCGUACGUCCGUGUGUCUGAUUUGCUGUAAAUCGGCUGCUAAAAUAAAAAAUGAACGCUGUGUUUUUUGGGGUGGUUCUGCUCCAGAUCCUGACCCCUGCUUUGGGUUAUGGUACUGGAGCUCCGACAGAAGCUUGCGGGAAUAUGAAGCCUGGACAUAAAGGAAUCGUUCCUCAGACGAGUCAGUCUCCGUACUCCAUCCAGGUCAGCAACACCACCUUCACGUCUGGAAAGCCGAUUACAGUGACGAUUAUUGGUCCAGAUUACGGUGGAGUUCUGCUGCAGGCCCGAUCUGGAACCAACACCGAUGCUCUGGGCAGCUGGGGAAGUCCACCCAAUAACACCAAGUACCUAACGUGCUCAAAAAACAGCAAAGGUGCCAUCACUCACUCCAGCCCCGAUAUGAAGAAUAACCUUGUGUACACCUGGAUCCCCCCCGCCUCCUACAGCAACAUCUACUUCGUGGCCACUGUAGCUAAAGAUAAGGCAGUGUACUGGUUAGACGUCAGAUCAGCCAAUCUGACCAGAGAUGGUCCAGGUUCUGGUGCUGAUCCGGAGUCAGUCGUUACACCGGGGCUGCUGAUGAUCACUCUGCUGAUUUCUACAGUUUUACAGAAAUAAAUCAAAGACCUGCAGCCUAAUCCUGCUCUUUAAUCACUAAAAACACAGAAAACGCUUUAAAAAUGUUUUUCCAAAAUGUUUUUUUCCAUUUUUUCCAUUUUUGUGUAUAUUUAUGUUUGUUACGAUCCAAAGAUAUAAAACAUCACCUGUAUCUGUUUCUAUAAAUAUUUACUGUCUUACAAUAAAUUAUUACAUUUACAAAGAAAUAUAAUUAUUAUUUUCUAAACGAUAAACCAAGAUCAUCAUUUUUACUUUUUUAUCAUUCCUUAAAUUCCUAUCAAUCAGUGGUUUAUAAUAUAAUAUAAUAAAUGAUCAUUCUAAAGCCA